CCGCGCUUGGGAAGCUUUUGCAUUUUAAUAAUUAAACUCAAUUCAGUUAAAAAACGCAACCGCCCCGGACAAGUUUCCAUAACAAUUUCGGUAUAUAAAAUAAGGUACAAACAGAAUGAAACUUCUUAGCCUGUCCCUGUUUCUGGUGCUGCUCCCGGCGUUCCUCAGCGCCGAGCUUUGCAGCGUAAAGCCCGACAACAAAUUCCUGGAGAAGCGCCUGAAUCUGUACCGCGGUCAGCAGAACUUUGCCGUAUCCAUGCUGGACGUGAUCCGCACGUCCACGCCCAACGACAACGUGUUCUUCUCGCCGUACAGCACCUACCAUGCUCUGCUGCUGGCCUACUUUGGGGCCUCCGGUGAGACGGAGCAGCAGCUGAGCAGCGUCCUUCACCUGGACUGGGCCGAGUCCAAGGAAAUGGUGCGCAGCGCCUACAGCCUGGAGAAGCGGAACCGCGAGACCAGGUCCAGGAAGUCGCCACUGGAGUUCUCGUCGGCGGACCGCAUGUACUUCGAUCAGGAAACGAUUCUGGCGAGCUGCCUGGAGACCCGCUUCAGCGACGAAAUCGUGAAGCUGGACUUCAAGGGUAAGCCCGAGGAGUCGCGCAUUCAGAUCAAUGACUGGAUAGCCACCGAGACGCACAAUCAGAUCAAGGACAUGCUGGCCCCGGGCGACAUCGAUGCCCGCACCCAACUGGCUCUGGCCAAUGCAGCCUACUUCAAGGGCCAGUGGGUCAGCAAGUUUGAGGUUAACAACACCGCCCAGAAGCCCUUCUAUACGUCCAGCACGAACGCCUCGUUUGUGCCCAUGAUGCACCAGAAAGGUACCUUCCUGCAUAACGUGGAUGAGCAGCUGCGUGCCCAUGUCCUGCAGAUGCCCUACCGCACAUCCUAUAACGAGGCCGAGGAGGAUGAGGAGACAAACUCUAACAUGUCCAUGGUAGUGGUGCUGCCACCCUUCAAUAGCGGAUCCCUGGAGGACGUACUGUCCCGCCUGAAUGCCAAAACCCUGGAGGAGUCCCUCGACAAUGCCAUGCCACGUGAGAUUGAGGUGUCGAUACCCAAGUUUGAGUUCGAGCAGCGUCUGGAAUUGGUCCCCAUACUCGCAAAAAUGGGAAUCACCAAGAUAUUCGAACCGACUGCCACUUUCCAUGACUUCACCGAUCGGAGCGUUUCGUUUGGCGAUGCCAAGCAUGUGGCCAAGAUCAAGGUCGAUGAGGAGGGCAGCACGGCGGCGGCCGCCACUGUUUUGGUCAGCUACCGCUCGGCCCGACCCAUCGAGCCCACCAAGUUCGAGUGCAACCAUCCGUUCGUGUUCCUCAUCUGGGAUCACGCCUCCAAGGCGAUCCUGUUCACGGGCAUCUAUCGCGAUCCCAAGACAAUAAAACAGUAAAUCCGCGAUCCUACUUCUCCUUGUUAUUUCCUAAUUAACCUAAAAAAAUUCUGUCUCGACUGUAAAUGACGAUGUAAACGUUUAAUUAUAUAUGUACGAUAAUAAAUUAUGUCAAUAACAA